AUGGCCAGCCCAAGGGCAUCGCACGGCCCUUCGACAUCUGAAAAAACACCUAUUCCUGAGCCUUAUAAUCGCAGCUCCCGGGCAGUCUGCAAACAGCUGCGUCAGAUACACAGGGCAUGUGGCCAGUGGCCUUGGGACUUUCUCCCUGGCCGGAUACCCGAAACACUAGAUAAACACAUAUUGGCACCGCUUGUUACGGCUGUUGAGUUUGCGUGCGAUGAUGAGCACCAUGUUACCCUGUCAGAGCUGACUGACUGGCUAAUGGGUCAGAAGGGGGACUGGGUUUUGACGUCAACGCAGUCUUCUAAUGCCCUGGAAUGGGUAACAUAUACCCAUGAUAAGAGAGCGAACAGGAGGAGAUCUACUCAUAAUGGGAUUAAUGGCAGCAGACCGUCUUCUCGAACGAGGAAGAGGCAACACUCAAACGACGAAGUGAUACUUCCGCGACCUCCACGCUCAGACACGCAGUCGCGCCAGAAGAAGCGCUUGCCCGAAAUCAGAUCGCCGACUGAUGACAUCGUGGCUCAGCCUGAGGCCCAAUCUGAGGCCGUCCCUGAGUCUGAAUUUGAGCCUGAGCUUGAGCCUGAACCCGAAGCUGAGCCUGAGCCGGAGCUGGACCAUGACAUGGAGAUGGAUGUGGAUGACAGCAAUCCCAACGGCGAUACAGGGGAGGAAACAAACACAGAGACGAACAGGAACCUAAGCGGAAAAAACAUACAAACACUUGAACAAGCCAUAGUAGCUUCAGCUCGUCGUAUUGAAGAAGCCCGCAACAAUCUCAAAGAAUACGAGGAUCAUCUACACAUCGAAAGAGAAGACUUGAAAGUGAUAGACGCCUUGCGAUCGGAAGCAUCAGAGUCUCACGAAGCUGCAAUACAAGAGUGGAGAGACGCCGUCCUGCAAGCAGAUACAAAACAGAACGAACUCCAACAGUUCCAAAAUCUCGCUCAGUCCUUCUCACGCGAUACACAAGCUGCCUUGGAACAACACAGCCAAAGCCUACGAGAACUAAGCGAACAAGCUAUCGAAGUGGAGAAACAAGCUGAAGACGAACUCCGAGCACGACGACGGGAAUUCUGCAUCCUCGAGGAUAAGAAAGAUACAAAGGAGGGUAUCAUGAAGAAGAUAUCAGCGCGGAUCAGGCGGUAUCAAGAUGAUAUUGAUGCGGAGGAGGUGAAACAUCAGAGAUUACUUGCGGAGCAUUACCUGGAGCUUUUGACCAAUGAUAUCAUACAGGGCAUUUCUAUCGCGGAUAUAUCAUAUGCGAAGAUUCUGGAGAUCAAGUUGGAGCGUGAUCAGAGAAUUUGGUACGAACGGAGACAGAUGAAUUAG